GUGUUCCCUCAUUAAAUUUUAUGAAAGUUGGUUCAUCGUCCAAAAUACUUCAGUCCAGCUUUCAUCACGAGCGCAGGAGCACCUGGUGAUAGUCCGAUGUAAACCGAGCUCUCAAUCGUGGAUUUUUUGUUUCCUUUUCUUCUUGGUUUGUGGAUUGUUUGGGAUCUGGUCUGCUGAAAAGAUUACAGUCACCUAACAACAUGAAUUCAACGAUACCAAGUAUGAGCACCGUGUUCUUAAAUACCACACCGGCUGGUAACGAGACAGAAUGGGAACUUACAGACUACAAACAACGUGUCUUCAUCGGUAUUAUCUUUAUCUUGAUCUCAGUCGUUGGUCUGGUAGGCAACCUCAUGGUCAUCGUUGCCGUCAACCUCUCCCGCAAGCUACAGACGGCGACUAAUGUGUUCGUUCUAAACACCAGUUGCGUCGACUUGCUCAACUGUCUCUUCCUGCCAUUCAACGCGGUGUCCAUGCUAAGCAGGUCUGGAUGGCCACUUCCUUCAGGAUUCUGUACCGUGGCUGGUGGGAUUACCAUGGUGUGUCUAGGAGCUACACUGGUCAACCUUUCCCUCAUAGCUAUCAACCGUGCCUACUUGAUCGUAAACCCGCGGGACAACUACUGCAAACUCUACAGCCCUGUCAAGUUAGGUCUGAUGGUGUUCUUCGCGUGGUUCUACCCCAUCAUGGCGUUUGCCUUGCCACCCUCUCUGGGAAUCGGUAAGCUUGGAUAUUCAGAGGCAUACAAGGUGUGCUUUUGGGAUGAUGACCAUGAACUUGUCUACAUCAACGACUACAUCGUCGCUCUCACGUUCUUGAUCUCCUUCAUCACCAUCAUCGUGUGCUACGCGAUGAUCUACGUCCAUGUCAGGCGUCACAACCGUCGUCUUCAGGUCUUCUACAGCAACAACCACACCAAGCCUAGUGACGCUGCCUCCACUCGUGAACUCGUUAACGGCUCCUCCAUCAAAAUAACCGAGAAAGGUCACAACUGCACCCUGGAAACGCAAGCCCGGAAGUCCCGCAACAAACGCGAGAUCCAGAUCACCAAGAACCUGUUCUACGUGGUUUGUGCCUUCUUCUUGUGUAUCCUGCCCUACCCGAUCACACUCACCAUCCCUGUGAAGAGCAUUGCGGACGUCUAUGCCGGCGUUCUCCUCAUGGCUAAUUCCUGCGUCAACCCUCUCAUCUACAGCUUCAAGCAUCCUCACUUUAACGUCAUCUUUCGGAUGAUGGUACGAGGUCAUCUGGAUGAGAUCCCUCAACCUUCCACCCUCCUCAAGUUCAUCCUACGGUCAACCGGCAUUGAUCGACAACGAUCCUCAUCUAACCUCCGUACAAACGAGACAGGAUCCACCCGCUAGAGAGCUCCCAAUCGGCCGCCGAUGCAAACGAGAUAUUUCCACCGAUGGUCACACUUUCUCUAAUCUUUUUUCCCGUGCCUUAUGUCAUAAAAGCACCGGGUGUAACAUCGUUAUCACCUAUAAUGCAGAAUUAAAAAAGAGAUGGAGAAAGAAGAAAAACACCACACAGAUGCGUAGCCAGAGAGGUAUAAGAGGCGCACAUCCAAUCUAUCGGGGCAACCCCACAUCAUGCACGUAUAAAUUUUUGCGUGCCCCUUCCGAUUAGGUUUUGUGGAUGCCCCCCUUUAUUUAAACCAUAAGCGCAUUCACUUUGACAUUAAUCAGAAGAAAAAAGAUCUUACGAUAAAUAAACAUGAUCUAUUAUCAUAAACAAUUCAUCCAUAUAUCGUUAAAGGCCUGGGAACACUUUGUGAAGGAUUGAAAAAAUGAUAGAUUUUGAACAAAAGUGAAAAGAGACGAGCAGGGACGCAGAAUAAAAAGAUUUAAAGUUGCAAGGUAGAUGGAGUCCACAUGCCAAGCAGUGGUAGCAAAAACAACCAACCAAUCUCUGCACCAGUGAGGGAGGACUCAUGGCAAAGAAGAAAAAAGCGAGAGAAAUGGACGGGGAGAGGGGAGGGGGGUGAUAGCAAAGCAGUGCAUGACUGAACUUAUCAUUGAUUUUGUUUCAAUGUGAUAUAAUUUGCAAGCGUUUUGAUUACCUAAAUACCCAAAUAUAAUAUUUCCAAUAGUAUAACGAAAUGUGUUACUGAUGUGUACAUAAUAUCAAUAUCAAAUACAUUAUUCUCUCUUUAUCCCUUCCCGUUCAUUUUCUUGUCUUUUUUCAUUUUCUCCUGUUGUCACAUCUCGUCCUCUUCAAUCGUAUUAACCUUCUAUAUUAUAUUAAUUAUUUAUUUCCAAUCCUUUCCAGUUUUCCAUUUUGCACCCCCCUCUCUCUCUCUCAUUCUUUCUUUCUUUCUUUCUCUCCCCCCCCCU